CUAGUGUCAUCCCACUCGACGACUUAUCAGCUCUGCAUAGUACGUAUGCUACUUUUCAAGAAUUUAUAUUCGAAUAUUACGAACUUUCUGAAAUAAAAAUAUUAUGGUAAAGAAGGUCCCUGUUUUGUUUCUAUUUUGGUUUUUAAAAUUUUGAUAUAAAAAUGCAACAAUAUAAUGAUCUUUAUGUUCUCGAAUUGGCAAACGAUACACAUUUAUCAGAAAUUUUACUUUUCUUACAUAAAAAUUUUGAUAUGGAAGAGACUAUGUUGAAAAGUUUGAGAGAUAAGAACCCAAUGACAGCUGAGGAAAAAGAAUCAAUGAAAAUUGAUCAUGAAAAACUGAUACGAGCGAUUUUUACUUUUUCACCUUGCAUUAUAGCGGUAGAAAAAUCAUUUAAAAGGAUAAUUGGUGUGAAUCUGAUGAUAGUUAGCAAGAAUCCGAAGUACCAUGAUGGCGCUGAUGGUGUUUCCGCGGCAUUCAGUAAUAAUCCCCCUACCAAUAGAUUAAUGAAACAAUAUUUCCAUUAUUUAAGUGAAAUUAGUGAAAGGGCUGAUUUAUAUGAAAAAUUUCCAAGUUUUAAGGCAGCCGUAGAAUUUUAUGCAAUCGCUGUGGAUAAGAAUUACCGUAGAAAAGGACUUUCGAGGAAAUUGAUGACUGCAGGAAUUUCUUUCGCAAGAAGCCUUCAGGAUGUCGGGAAACAAAACAGAAUGCCAUCGUAUCGGGUCUGGGGCUCCACGGAAGAUGAGAGCGUUGACUUCGAAUCCCUGACAAACGACACUCUCGAAGGAGCCCUGAAUGUUAUAAGAAAGAGCUUUUUCGUCUAUGAGAGUGUGUCCAAAGGUGUGGACCUGCUUUCAGAACCCGGUGCAUCGGAAGAACUCGAAGAACUCUGUUUGGAUGCAGCCAAGGAUGGAGUUAGUUUGGUGGCAAUUGAUGUAAACACUGGGGAAGUUAUUGGGGUGGCUUUUAAUAAAAUUCAGGUACUGAAUAACCCUGCAGAGAAAAGUGCCUUCGAGAUGUUCAGUGAAAGGUGUAAGCAUAGGUCUUCAAAGGCCCUGGUGGAUUUUAUGAUCGAUGUGGAUGCAAGGAUAAAUUUAUUUAAGCACUAUAACACAAACUGCCUCUUUGAAGUCAUGUUUUUGGCCACUUUACCUGGUAAUCAGAAGCGUAGAAUAGGAGAGCUGUUGGUGUGUGCAUCCAUAGAGGUAGCAAAAGAGUUGAAAAGGGGCAAUGCUGUCAAAAUAUCAGUCACGAUAAACGGAGACAAUACUAUACAGAACCUGAACGCAACGCCUAACUUAGUGUCUGCAAUCAUGACGUCCAAUUAUUCGCAAAAGAUUGCGGCAAAGUGUGGAUUUGAAAAACUGGUUUCAGUCAGCUACGAAGAGUUCUAUUUUAGUGGAAAGACUUUCAGUGAAAGGAUAGGGAAUGAGCACCUAAAUUGCGUCCUUGUGGCUAAAAGAUUAUCGUAGCUUAAACCUAAUUGUUAAAACACUAAUUUAUUAUGGGAUAAUUAAUACUGAUAGCUUUAUCUUUACAAAUUCCGAGAUCUCUAUUUUUUGUGAUAUAAAAGAUGUAUUUUUUUACAUCAAAUUGUACUCAAUAUGAAGAAAAUCAUAGUACGGCUUCCUAUUUAUGUAAUACCAUGACCUUGCGUUAUCAAGUUAGUCUGAUUGGCUUAAUCAACUUCAGCAUGGUAGCUUCGAACACGCGAUAAGGAAACACAUAGUACGUUUGACAACAAUUUGCGUAAUCAGUGAGAGAUACUGACUAAAAGCAUAUAAUUUUAUCG